GCGGCGGGAGGCCGCGCCGAGAGCCGGAGAGUUAACGGAGGAGGGAGGGCGGGGGCCGGAGUAGGCCUGCGAUUGAGAGAUUCCGGUCUGAGGAGGAAGAAAGUGAUGGGCAAGGAGUGAUGCUCCGGGGCUUGCAGGGAGGCGGCGUGCAACGGGGUGGCGACGGCGGCAGGUUGGGGUGUGAAGGUUAAGGACAGGUGGGGACAGUGCAUGUGGAUGAGGUCUUCCGCAGACCCGGAAGGUAGCCUCGGAGGCGUGGAUGCAGGCUGGUGGACCAGAAGUCGUUAUUUGGCUUCUUGGGACGUGGACAGGGCGGAAUGGAGAGUCAAAAUGGUUUCAAUCCCAGAAUACUAUGAAGGCAAGAAUGUUCUCCUCACAGGAGCUACUGGUUUCUUAGGAAAGGUACUUCUGGAAAAGUUGCUGAGAUCUUGUCCUAAGGUGAAUUCAGUGUAUGUUUUGGUGAGGCAGAAGGAUGGACAGACACCCCAAGAACGAGUAGAAGAAAUCCUUAGUAGCAAGCUCUUUGACAGGUUGAGAGAUGAAAGUCCAAAUUUUAGAGAGAAAAUUAUAGCAGUGGACAGCGAACUCACCCAACCUAAACUUGCUCUCAGUGAAGAAGAUAAGGAGGUCAUCAUAGAUUCCACCAAUAUUAUAUUCCACUGUGCAGCUACAGUAAGAUUUAAUGAAAGUCUAAGAGAUGCUGUUCAGUUAAAUGUGAUUGCUACACGACAACUUAUUCUCCUUGCACAACAAAUGAAGAAUCUGGAAGUGUUCAUGCAUGUAUCUACAGCAUAUGCCUACUGCAAUCGAAAGCAUAUUGAUGAAGUAGUUUACCCAGCCCCUGUAGAUCCCAAGAAGCUGAUUGAUUCUUUAGAAUGGAUGGAUGAUGGCCUAGUAAAUGACAUCACACCAAAAUUGAUAGGAGACAGACCUAAUACAUACAUAUACACAAAAGCAUUGGCAGAGUAUGUCAUCCAACAAGAAGGAGCAAAGCUAAAUGUGGUGAUUUUAAGGCCGUCAAUUGUUGGUGCCAGUUGGAAAGAACCUUUUCCAGGAUGGAUUGAUAACUUUAAUGGACCAAGUGGUGUCUUCAUUGCGGCAGGGAAAGGAAUUCUUCGAACAAUGCGUGCCUCCAACAAUGCCCUUGCAGACCUUGUUCCUGUAGAUGUAGUUGUCAACAUGAGCCUUGCUGCAGCCUGGUAUUCUGGAGUUAAUAGGUAUAUGAGACCAAGAAACAUCAUGGUGUAUAAUUGCACAACAGGCAGCACUAAUCCUUUCCACUGGGAGGAAGUUGAAUACCAUGUAAUUUCCACUUUCAAGAGGAAUCCUCUCGAACAGGCCUUCAGACGGCCCAAUGUAAAUCUAACCUCCAAUCACCUUUUAUAUCAUUACUGGAUUGCUGUUAGCCAUAAGGCCCCAGCAUUCCUGUAUGAUAUCUACCUCAGGAUGACUGGAAGAAACCCAAGGAUGAUGAAAACGAUAACUCGUCUUCACAGAGCCUUGGUGUUUCUUGAAUAUUUCACAAGUAAUUCUUGGGUUUGGAGUACUGAUAAUGUCAGUAUGUUAAUGAACCAACUAAACCCUGAAGAUAAAAAGACCUUUAAUAUUGAUGUACGGCAAUUACACUGGGCAGAAUAUAUAGAGAAUUAUUGCUUGGGAACUAAAAAAUAUGUGUUGAAUGAAGAAAUGUCUGGCCUCCCUGCAGCUAGAAAACAUUUGAACAAGUUGCGUAAUAUCCGUUAUGGUUUCAAUACUAUCCUUGUGAUUCUGAUCUGGCGCAUUUUUAUUGCAAGAUCACAAAUGGCAAGAAACAUCUGGUACUUUGUGGUUAGUCUGUGUUACAAAUUUCUGUCAUACUUCCGAGCAUCCAGCACUAUGAGAUACUGAAGACCAAGAAUUUAGCAUUAGAACAUCUAUGUAUAUGGUGAUCUAAAUGCACAAAAUGUAAAAUGUACUUAAGUCAUCUCACCUUUUGUCAAGACAUUAAACCAUCUUAAAUUGGAGUGUGGAGUAAAUUAUGGUCCAUUUUAUGUAACAUUUUAAUGUUUAUGCUUCUAAAACCUAGUGAAAACACUGUGGUAUGCCAGCUCAAAUCUACAAUACACACCAAAACCAUGACUUAAAAGGGAUAGGGUGAGGGCAAAAGUGGGGAUAUUGGAAUAUUGACCAGUCUAACUGUGCAAUUCUGGGACAUACUAAUUAAAACAUGCCUUAACAUAUAAUUCUAAUAUUCAGUGCAAUGGAAAGUGUUUGAGUGAGAAUAGUAGCUAAUUAGUGGGUAUUUGAUUCUAGUGUUUGAUUUUUUUUUUCCACCAGAAGAGGUGGAUUUUACUUUUGUUAAAACCACAGUCCAAGUAUUCUUAUUUUGUCCUAUAAAUGACAUCAAAUGUGAAGACAUAUUCAAAUUUUCUUUUUCUGAUUAAAUGUGUAAUACAUAUUUUUUUCCUAUAUGUAAUCAGUUGCUUUUAUAAUCAGAGGGCAAUAUAUUAUUCUAAAGAUCUUAAUGGAUGUAAAUGGAUUUGAGAAUCUGGAACAAUAUACGUAUGCCCUGUGCAUUUGAAGGAAAGUAAAAGCAUACCCAGGAAAACUAUUAGCUUCAAAAAGAAUAGGAAAACAUUUUCCUUGUCCACAUUUUGGACAAGAAAAUCUUGUCCAAGGAGCUCUCAUGAGAUGUGUUUGUGUCUCAGAGCACGAGCGUUUCUUGAGGCUUCAUUGGAAGUGGGAUGGGGAAGGGCUUCUUACAGAUGUGCUUUUGUCCCCUUACAUGUUUCUCAUAGGACUCCUGCUGUCUGAAGUGUGUUAUGGGAGAAUAUAGCUGCAGCUAAUAACCACAUUAAGAAUAUGUCCUCAUGUGUUUGUAAACACAUACCAAUUUUGAUCUUGAAAGCUGAAUUCCUUCAAGAAUAUUAAAUAAUGCAUAAGUAAUAUGUAUAAAAUAAAGGAUUUUACUACAUAAAGUAGCAAAUGCUGACUGAGUUUCAAGUUACCAUUUUUUGCAUGUAGUUUUAGCUUUAGAAAGAAAUGCAUUAUAGAAAUAAUAGCAAGAAAGUUGGUGUAUAUUUGUUGAUAUAUUAUAAUUCCCUUUAAAUCCUACUAGUAGUUUACUAUUCUAUCACACAUUGUUCAGCAUAACACUGUCCUAAUUAAGUUGAUCAAGUUGUACUACAUUUAAAUCAUCAGCAGUGUAUCUUGAAAGUAUUUAAAGAGGGUACUUCACAGUACAAGAAGUAACAUGUAACUUCACAUUUUGAUUUUUUUUUUUUUGUCAAUCUAAACAUAGUAUAUAAGAAGCUUAUUUUGCUAUUGUGGAAAAACAAAGUAUAAAGAAAACCACCUUUUCCCAUGCAGGUGUAUAAUUUGAAAAGGAAAAAAAUGCUUCCAUGUUGAAGCCAGAUUUUGUGUAGUAAAACUUUUAAACAUUGUUUUAAAAGAAAUACAUGUAUAUAAAUGUAUCUAUAUAUUCUUGGGAAUGGCACUGCAGUCUCUGGUCUAGGACCGCUCCUUGUGUAAGGUGUGCGAGACCACAACAGUGUGUGAAGAUGGAAUCAGCGAUGCCUUUGAUUUCAGGUGGCUUGUGUAACAUGCAUUGAGUACUCCAUGUCUCCAGAUACAUUUCCACAAUGUAAUGAAAACACGCUAACCUUUGCGUGACUUUCAUAUGUCUUCCAAAUAGAUCUUGAAUCUGGUGAAUUGUCUGUGUGACCCAUAGAAUCAGGUGCAACAUGGGUGGGCCUGCAAAGUGAAAGAAAUGCUAACUGGGGGCGGGAGGGAGGUUGCUGAGGCCACAAAUUAAUUUUGUGUGUUUGUUUAGAAUUCUGUUGUCAAAAGAAGAGUAGUAAAUAAAUGAUGCUCAUCCCGGGAUUUACAGUUCUAAAAUUAGAAAGAAGUAUAUGUAAGAUUGUUAAUCCCCACCAACUAGACUUUGGAUAGAAGUCAUAUUUAAAGACUUUGGAACGCCAUUCUAAAUUGUCAUGUGCUAAACAGUGUUUUUAGUUCUGUUUGUAUUUUCCAUCCAAAUUAUUCUACAGGACAGCCUGUAAAAUAAAUUUAUUUCAUUUAACUUACUUGAUAAAGCUGUAUUCUAAAACAUUUGGGAUUUUUUCCUCCUAUUCACUCUGAAAUCUGGCAUACAUAUUUGUAAAUUGUGAUGUCAUUGUAAUUGUUCAAAUUUGACUUGGCAAUGCUAAUGUGUCCUAGAACUCAGUGUAGAGAAGCAUAGUCAAACAUGUUCUUUGACUUAAGGAUGAGGUAGAAUGAGCAUCCUUCCAAUCUCUGUAAUAAAGCUUGGAAGCAGGGAGGGAAGAAUCUUCACCUCUCUCCUUCGUUUAUCUGUAGGAGCUGAUUUGGGAAUUUUUGUUUUAUGUUUUUUGCUUUAAAUGUAAACUGAUAAUCUUUUAUAAGAGUAAUUAGAAGCAUUAUUGGGUGCCUUUGUUUGUAAACCAAAAAGUAAUAAAUGAAUCCCUAUAUUUCUAUUAUAGUAUUUAUUGUAUUUUUACCUUCUGAAAAUUGUCCGUGAGUUCACAUUGCUAGGGUCAUGGGCAAUCGUCCUGCUGUCUCUUGUCAGCUGUCCUCAUUCCUUCUCAUCUUUCCAUGUAAGUCUGGGUUGCUCACACAGCACUCAGGAAAGCAUACAAGCAGAGUGAACACUUUGUUAAAAGUAUUUUUAUAUAGCAGCUAUAAUGAGGUGGAUUUUCUGUUUUGUUUUUUAAUAUAAAUAGAACCAGGAGAGCCCAGGGGUGUUACUAGAAUGACUUGUUAGGAUGAAUGAUAUUCUGUUAGUUUUCAGGUUCAUUACCAGUAAUUGAUCUGCAUUUAAAAGAUUGUUCAUUACAGUGGAGAUUGAAUGAACCACCUGGGGGGGGGGCUUUGCUAAGAGUGCAUUAGAAUGGGUUGGCAGGUAAAUGGCCUUCUAAGCAUGCUCUUUAGGCUGCCAGCCCUGACUCAAAACCAUUUGCAUUGAUUGGUUUGCUCUGCUUUGAGAAAAACAUUCUAACUUCGCAUGAGAAAAUUAGAGAAAGGGGUGUAUGCUGCAUAGCUUAACAUAGAAAUGAGUCUAACAGUCUGUGGAAAUACAUGAAAUAUUUUCUUAAUAAAGAAACUUUGAGCAACA